GUUCACCUGUUUGAUUUUGAAGCACGUCAAAUGCACAAGAGCGCGUGUCACGCAGGUUAAACGCACGCUGUCUCUAGUGUUCUCGACUUCUGGUAUUAUGGUGGCGAUUAGAGGUUUAAGCCAAAGCUUCUCUCGGCUGGCCAGAGGAGCAUCUUUACAGAUACAAUUCAGCAAGAGUCGUAUGUUCAAGAUGCGCUCGAGCUCGUACCAGACCCAGGCGGUUUCUGAUGGAGAGCUCAACUUCAAGUUAUCCAGUCGUGGCAGCAGCUCCAGCCUAUCAGAGAGCUCGAGCAAGUCAGGUGGUUCUCAAGGUGCGGAUGGUCCAGCCAGUCGGGUGGUCACCUGGGCGGUGUGUUUCGAGCGCCUGCUUGAAGACCAUGUCGGUCUGCGAUACUUCACCGAGUUUCUCAAAUCAGAGGUGAGUGCUGAGAAUAUCCUGUUCUACCAAGCCUGUGAAAAGUUCAAGAAAAUCCCACCCACUAAACUGGAAGAGCUGAAGAAAGAGGCACGUUCCAUCUACGACAACUUUCUUUCUGAAAGCUCUCUGCAUGCGGUUAAUAUCGACGAUACAGCCCAGAUGGAACAGACUGCAUUAGAGACGCCUACAACCGACAUGUUCGAUAAAGCACAGGCACAGAUCUUUAAGCUGAUGAAAAUGGACAGCUACACGAGGUUUGUCCGCUCUCAGCUGUACCAGAACUGCAUGCUGUCUUGUGUGGAGGGUCGUCCUCUUCCCAGCAUUGGAACCCCGGAGCCCAAAAGCAAAAUGUCCAAAAAGAGUGCAACGCCACCUAGUAACAGAAAGAGUGUUGAGUUGAAAGUGCCCUCAUCCGACAGCAAGACCAACAGGAAGAAGAGGUUAGAGAAGAGAGGCUCAUGGGGAGCUGACCAGUCGUAUCAUCAUGUAGUGGUGUCUCGUAAAGAGUCUCAGAUCUCAGUGAAGUCUAACAGCAGUCUGGAGUUGGUCUCUGGAUUUGGGCGAGCUGAGAACGGACGCUGUAGUGUGCCUAUCUCUGAUCCAGAAGCCUUGAGUUCUGGUUCUCCUACAGCAGAUAAGUACUGCUGCGUCUUCCUGCCGGACGGGACCGCCAGCCUGGCCCCUGCCAGACCCAGCAUGAGCCUCAGAGACAUGCUGAGCAGCCUGUGUGAGAAGAGAGGCUUUCCUCUGAAAGAUGUCAUCAUCUACCAAAAUGGCAAAGAUAAGCCUCUUUCUCUGGAUCAGGACAGCUCUGUGUUUGGAGAUCAACAGCUCACUUUGGAGCUUAAAGUUACAUUUACGCUGGACAUUACGUUUGCAGGAAGAAUGAUAGGAAUCAUCGCAAAGUCAAGCAAGAAUUUGGGCGAUGCACUUUCCACUGUCCUACAGAAAUACCAACUGCAACCUCAGGAUGUGCAGGUUACUCUGAGUGGCUCAAGUGAACCUCUAAACAUGAGCACAAACGUGUUUCGUCUUGCCAGCAAAACAGUGCGUUUGGACAAAGUUAAAGUUGGUUUGGAGACUCAAGCCGCUUCAACACCCAAAGCAAAUUCCAGACUCAGAAAAAACCAGGACAUGGACGGUCUUGUUGAGCUGCUGUCCCGCGCUCAGUGCAGUCGUGUGGAUGACCAGCGUGGUUUACUCACCAAAGAGCAGCUGAAAUUACCGCAGUUCCUGCAGCUGCCAGCAGGGAACAAAGAGCAGACUUCCUGUGACCAGACACAGGAAGAGGGUUGUGCCCUUUGACCUGAGAACCAUUCAAGCAACUUAAGACUCAAAGCUGUAUGGCAGACUGAAGGAGAGAAACUCUGAUAAGGUUAUGCAAGGUUAUGUGUGUGUGUGUGUGUGUGUGUGUGAGAGAGAGAGUGUGAGUUGAGGUUUCUUAACCUUGAGAGUGAUUGAAUAAGGUGUAUAUUUUGUAUAUUACAGACACUGCCACGUAGAGCUCUUAGAAACGCUGCAUGUCAAAUAAAUUAAUUAUUGAAAAAUUAUGGGAUGUUGCCUCAAAAAAAAAAAAAAAAAAGAAA